UUGCGUUAUCGCACACUGUCAUUGGACGAAACGAAAUUUCCCUCCAUUUUUUUUUGGUUUAUAAUUUGCAAUCGACCGGCGUAAGCUUUUCCAAAAUGCAAUUUGAACGUGGCAAAGAUAAACUCUGCAAAAUGUCCAUGGAUAUACGCCACAUGACCAAGUCCUGGCGAAGUUUCGUAUGCAAGGGCCGCACUGCCAUGAAAAGUAUUUGCCACCUUCGGAAGCUGAUUUCCGAUGCGGAGAAUCGGUUGAACAAUCUUACCAAUGAACGUGGCCUUAGAACGGGGGACAAACAGAUUCGAGUGUUGAACGAACGACUGGCCAAUCCCAUGGCCACGAUGAAAAUGAUUCUGAAUAAGCUGCUCAUUAUCCGGGACAAGACCUGUCAAUAUUUGAGCAUCACGCGCAUGUGUAUGGACGAUGAAAUUCUUUGCAACUACGAGAUAACCCCGAAUAUAAGGACACCGCAGCUGCUGGAGAUCCUCGAGUUCCUCCGCUCGCGCUUCGAUCCCGAGUGGGAGGUCAAAGAGAUGGUAGUCCUGGCCUUGGACAACAUUGGCAGCGCCGAAGAUAUGGACAUGCUGAUGGAUGCCUGGGGCAACUGCCGCCAUGCUGGCGGAGAGGAGUUUUCCCAAAAGCUGAACGAAUACUUGGAUGCGCUGAUGGGCAACCACUAACGCAACGGACGCCCGCCAUUUUUAUUCUAAGACAAUCACACAGCCAAACUGAGAGAUACAAAGAAAUGAAUACUAUAAGUUUGAUACAUACAUAAGCCAUAAUGAAACUACAGACAUAUAUGCCUGAAAGAGCGAUUGAUGCGAUGCCAACACUUCCAGAACGAUCCUGAGCUUGGAAAGGAAGCAGAAGACGAGCAGUUUCCUCCUCCUAGAGAAUGUCCCCACGAUGCGACUAAUGAAUACAACAAAAACACUGAAUGACCUGAGAGAAUCUCCACCUCCAUCGCCUAAUUAGCGAAUGCACGAACUGAAUUUUUUUUGAAUUUGAUGUUAGUUUUUAUUUGAAAAAAUGUUCUUGUUUUAGUUUUUGUAUUUGGUAUCGCCUGUAAAAGGAAUUACAAACAAUGUCGUCAGUUA